CUCACUGUUCACUCGUGAUUAACGUAGAAGCAGCAGCGUUAAAAGCAAGUGGAAUGUAAGGUUUCUGGAUGCAAAAAGUUGGUGGAUUUAGAGACAUGGAUUCAUUGAAUGAGACACUAGUGAAAGGUGAUAAUUUAAUAAGAAAUGGAUUUGGAAGCUCAGAAUCUGAAGAAAACAGUGUAUCAUGUGAAAUGGAGUUGCCAGAAUCCGAAACCUCAGAACCCAUCUGCAAGAAACGUUGUGUGGAUGCAUUACUACAUAGUGACAUUGAACGAAUGAGAAGAGAACGCAUUAAAGAUUGCUGUGACCAGUUACGAAUGCUUCUGCCUUAUGUGAAGGGUAGACGAACUGAUGUGGCAUCCAUUCUGGAGAUGACUGUGGAAUAUAUGAGAUACAUUUAUGGUAGAAUACCAAGCAAUGUUAUAUCACAGAUUAUUGAAAUCUUUCAGACAAAUACAAGAUAUUGUAAGUAUGUAUGGAAACCAAAUGAUGGUAAAUAUUCUCAAAAUCAGUUGCCACCAAGGAUUGGUUUAGUACCGAGGAAGAGUGUCUUCACGGAUGAUUCUUCAGAAAAAGUAAAACUAAAUGCUCAGUUUGCUCUGUGCCAAUAUACAGAAAAUGAAUAUUUCAAAAAUCACAACACAGUUGCUGCAGGUCACAUGAUGUACAACUGCAGAGUUCAUGAAGCUGCAUUUGAAGCAAAUCAAUACAGCAUUCCUGUUACAGAAAGAUUAGUUCCACAAAUUCAGACGAAUAUUUUGUCUCCAAAUAUCCCUCCUUCAACUUUCUUUCCUUUCACACAUGAUGUUCAAAAUAUUUCCCUCCCUAAUCUGACUAACAUCUCAAUCUUCCCUUCAGCUGUGUGCCCUAAUGGUUCUUAUCCAAUGUUUACUAAUUCUAAUGGAAGUUUGUGGUCCACUGGUAUUGCCAGAUCUGAUAUCGGACCCUCUUCUUUGCUAUCUUCUAGUAAUUGCUCAAAUUAUUUAUCUUCACUUCCUUCAGAUUACUCUGCCAAUCCUUUUUCUAUAGCUUGCACCUCUCCUGCGCAGACUGCAGGAAGAAAUGUUCAGCUGUGCACUGUUGACUCAUCCUCCUCUUCGGUAAUUCUAUCCAAUGGCACAAAUCAUACACUACCUACUUCCUCAGUUGAAUUUCCAGCAAAGCCUUUUGCAACAGAUUGGACAACCAAUAGGGAAUGACCGAGAACAGAAGAAAGAGCUACAUAAUUGAUUACAAUAUUACUCCAAGGGAAAUAAGCCUGCCAAAUGUUACCACUGAAUGCAAAGAGGAAGAGAGAAAUUGAGAAAUGGUUGGAAAUCUAAACCACUUUAAAGAAAAAAUCUUUGAACACAAACGAGUCAGAUAAUGACAAUGGAAGCAUUGUAUAAUGGCCUCUCUAUUAGCCAUUUCAAUUAUUCUAGUCAUACUAUUUUGAUUUAUUCUGCAGAAAUUGUUUUCUCAACUUCAGUCAAUGCUCUGAUUUGUGACUGGUGAAGCAUAUAUCUCCAUCAUAUUCGGUAACUGGAAAUUCUGCUUCAGUCAAAAAGAGUCUAACUUUAUUGGUGAAAGAAGCAAAUGCACAAUUUCAAGCAUAUUUCUUGUAGAAUGAGAGUACUAAAUUUGUAUUGAAUUUUAUACAAGCUAAAAUUUAUGUGCUAUUAUAAUUGUUUAAUAUCAAUAUGUAGACAAAAGCUUUUAGUCUAACAAAGUAAACAGAAAGACAACUUCGAAAUUUUCAGACAGUUAUUUUGAGACCAGCAGUAAUCCUAAUCAAAUCCCAAAAACAUGAUUGUUUUGAGUAUAAUAUCUGUUUUCAGUGUGUCCGAUUUUUUUAUUUUUGCUUUGUUACCUUCAUUAUAAAAUUGGGUGCUUAACCUGAACUCGCCCUAUUUCUGUUGGAUUGUUUCUGUUAAAGUUGCUUCCUUUAUGGAAGUGUUAGGUUUGACAGUUAGUUGACCCAAGUGUUUUAGUUAUAUUAUUAAGUGGGAAAAAAUUACAUUUGAUUUUUCAGAAUAAAAGAUAAAUAUAGAAUAAAUGUUCAGAAGGUAAACAUAAGAUGUUUUUGAAUAAUGGAAAAUGCAACUACUAUAUUUUUCUUUUGGGGUUUCUAAAUUUAUAAUGCACUGUAGGCUGGAUUUAUGUCUUACACUUGUACUUAUGCUAGCAGACAAUAUAAUCCUUAUUUAAUAUAGCGAUUAUCAGUUUCUACCCUAGUCAACUUAGGAUAUUUUUCUUAAAUUGUCAUCAACACAGUAAAACCGACAGGAAAUGUUAUCAAAUAGUAAGUUAUAGAUUAUUUUAAACUUGCGAAUAUAUUUUUCGCUAACAAUACCUGUUGCCUUUGGAAUGUACGCCCCAUUGACAGUGGAACAACUGUAGCAUGUGAUGGAAUCUUUAGUGGAGAAAAUAAAAGAGAAACUCUCCUGUCAGACAGCUUAAUUUCUUUUGAUGUAGAAAUUUACAAUUUGUUGUUGAAUAAAAUGUUCCAUUAACUUGAAUGGACUGAGCAACUCCCUCCUCCAGUCUUGUUGGUUGAUUUUUAUCUAUUGCUCUCUCAGCAAAGCAAUAGAGUCUGGGGUAGGGAUGGGGCUAUAAAACCCAACCGUCACUAUCACUUCUGUAUUACGAAUCACCAUGUUCCUAUCUAUUGCUGAAACAAAAUUUUGUGAACAUAUUUUGCUGGUUUAUAAUUCAGUUUUCGAUCCUUAGAGAGCUUCAGGGCUCCACUAGGUCUUGUGUUCUUAAUA